AAGGUGAACACGUUGAGUUUGGAGCGGAGUUGAAGAACCGGCACCGAGGGGCGGCUCUCGGCAACGACGGCGUCCGCAAACCAGGCUCCGCAGCCCGCACACGCACGACGCGCGGCUCCGGUCACAUGACAGUUUAAUAAGGAAUAGAGAGAUUCGUAAAAAGAGCAGAGUUGUCUUGGACUUGGUGCAUCCGACUCCGGUAAGAAGCGGCAGCGGCAGCGGCGGCACCGAGCGGUGCUCCAGCUCCAGGGUGUUCAACACCACCAACUCAACCCGGAAUAAGGACCAAGAAAGUGGGCUUGUCUCUUCUGGACAUCGCCGGGUCGAGGGGCCAUGUUUCCCCGCUGAGGAGGGACGCCCGGCCGGCUGUCGUCGCCCGCACGCCGCGGUAGGUGAACUAUACACGGAACCCGGAGGAGGGUGGAGGGUGGAGGCGACCCCCCCCCCCCCAACCACCACCACCACCACCACCACCACCACCGGUGGCACUUCACCGUGGGAAUGUAUCUGCACCGGCCGGAGAAGUCGUGUGGCCGCUCGGGCUGAGCGACGCCGUCUCCACGAUCUUUACGCAAGGAAUUUUUUUUCCUUUCUUGAAUUUAAAUGUCUGAAGAUCUAAUUGGAGAGUGACUGAUCACACGGACAGAUUCUUCCUCUCCAGACCAGUCUCCCCCCCCCCCCCCCCACUCCCGUUGGGGUUCGUCGGAGGGGGCCGGAGAAAAACGCGCAGGAUCCUCCGCGCCAGGGCGCGCGUCAUCUCUCCACUCCUGUCCGCUGAUUUAUGAUUUAUAUUUUUGAAGGAGAGGGGGUUGAAGAGAGAGGCUUUCGCGCACGCAAGGACUUGGAUCCCUUGUUCUCCCCCCCCCACACACACAUUUGGACACGGAUACCUGUAACUUUCUCUUCCGCACAUGUGGAUAAAAAGAACGCGGCUCCUUUUCGUUCCGCGCGGAGACGAGGACGCGGUUUGGCCGCGCGUCAGAGCUGCUGCUCGGUGAAGCCGACACACACACACACACACACACACACACACACACACACACAUCUUUCUAUUGCGCAUUAUCCAACUUGAGACCCCCUCUCGGGAGAACUGCGCCGGGACCGUGCGGGAGUGUGGAGCCCCCCCCAACACCAGAGGGUUUAUUUGAUCCGCCACUGGAGCAACUGGGAUUUUUGUGGAACGUCCGCGCCGCGCCGGGAUCUCUACCAUGUCAGGUGCACGGGAUUUCAGAUGGACUCUCCUCGUCUGUGUGGCGGCGCUUUCAUAUGCCCUCGCAGGCAAGGUCUUUCCCACCACCUCAGAUGCCCUCCUCAGUUCCUCAGCGUUGACGGCCAGUCCUUCGCCACCCAACGUGUACCUGCCCGCCAACUUUAAAAUGUCCAAUGCACAACUGGCUUUCUUUUUGCGAGAGGCCCAGACCACAGGACAAACAGUUGGCGGCGGCGGCGGCGGCGGUGGCAAGAGCAGCAGCAGCCCCGGCGCUGGACACCCACUGCAGCGAGCUGAGAGUUUCGUGGUUUUCCAGACAAAAGACCUGCCUGCCAUCAACAUAAGCUUUGGGCCGUUUGCCCGAGACCAGGCCCUGUCCAAGGAGCUGCUCCAGCCAGCUAGCCCACUGGAUAUUCCCGGCCAGCUGACAGUCAACUGGAAGGUGCGGGCCUUCAUUGUCCAGGCCCGGGUCUUCUCCAACAACCCCACGGUCCAGGUGUUUUUCUACAUCGCUGGCCGCGACUGGGAUGACUUCAAGGCUCAGGACAAGCUGCCCUGCGUCCGCCUCCACGCCUUCCGGGACGUCCGUGAAAUUAAAACCUCCUGCCGCAUGAAAGGCAACCUGGCGCAGUGCUUGGCGCAGCUGGACCUGCCUCCGUCCUGGUUUAACACCAACGUGGCCCCGCUGGGCCGGAGGAAAGGCUCCGGUGACGGGCUCUUGGACGGGCUCACCAGUGAGACCCUCCAGGCUGAGCUCUACUACACGCUGCACGAGCCCAAUCUGGAAGGGGAGUGCAGUGAGGGCGCAGGUCACAGGGGUGGUGGCGCUUCCAGGGGAGAACCUCUGUCACAGCACCCCCUGCUGCGCAUUGGGAGCAUCAGCCUGUACCAGGCCAGUCAAGAGCAGCUGCUGGUGGACAAACAGCUAGACAAAAACAUGUUCCUCAGGCUGCCGGAGAAGCCCCUGAAACCCGGAGAGACCCUCAGAAUCUCCCUCUACCUGAUGCCCAACUCCACUGUCGAGCAGUUCAGCCUCAAGGUCAAAGCGAAGAAAGGGGUGAACCUGCUCCAGACCAAGUCGAAGAACGCCCAGUGGAAGGUGGACUGGGAGGUGCAGUCCGGCGCCAAGCACUCCAUUACCACCAUCGACGUGAACAAGAGCAAAGGAGUCAAACAGGGGGAUGUGUUGGGAAACGUGGAGGUGAUGCAGUUGGAUUUCGAGAUGGAGAACUUCACCAGCCUCUCUGUGACCAGGAGGAUCAACUGGAACAUCGACUACAAGGGCCAGAGCCCGCCACCCGAUUCGGAGAAGGUGGUGACGGAGUUGACGGUUGUGCAGCGGGACAUCCAGGCCAUCAUUCCUUUGGCCAUGGACACUGAGAUCAUCAACACGGCCAUUCUGACCGGACGCACCGUGGCCAUCCCCGUCAAAAUGGUCUCCAUCGAGAUGAGCGGCGCCGUCACCGACGUCUCGUCCUCCGUGCAGUGCAAGUCCUCCAACGAAGACAUCGUGAAGGUGUCCAUGAAUUGCGACUACGUGUUCGUCAACGGUAAGGAGACGCGGGGCUCCAUGAGCGCCAGGGUCAUCUUCAGCUACGAGCACCUGAGCGCGCCGCUGGAGCUGACGGUCUGGGUCCCCAAGCUCCCGCUGCAGGUGGAGCUCUCCGACGACAACCUCAGCUUCAUCAAGGGCUGGAGGGUCCCCAUCCUGCCCGACCGCAGGAGCACCAGAGACAGCGACGCCGACGACGAGGACGACGAGCGGCGGGUGAGCCGGGGCUGCACGCUGCAGUACCAGCGGGCCCUGGUCAAGGUGCUGACCCAGUUCCACACCACGUCCAGCGAGGGGACCGACCAGGUCAUCACCAUGCUCGGGCCCGACUGGCAGGUGGACGUCACCGACCUGGUGCAGGACUCGCUGAAGGUGGCCGACCCCCGGAUAGCGGAGCUGGUGGACCGGACCGUCCUGGUGGGCCUGGAGCUGGGGUCCAGCGUGCUGAAGGUGGAGUCUCCGCUGGCCGUGGACGCCGCGCUGGGAGAGUCGGCGUUCUCCGUCACGGACGACAAGGUCUCCAUCACCGAGAUGCGGGUUCACGCCGUGUCGGGCCUGACCCUGUCGCUGCAGCCGAGCCCGGGCAACAGCCACACCAUGGUUGCCAAGGCAACGGGCCUCCAGACGCUCACCGCUCCCAAACAGGAGGCCAGUUUCUCCAUCUGGAUGCUUUUCAGCGACAACACGGCCGCCACGCUGACUUACUUUGAUCCCAAAGACUACAACCUCAACGCCUCCUCGCUGGACGACAAAGUGGCGUCGGUGUCCCAGGAGCCUCAGCAGCGCUGGCCCGUGGUGGUGGCGGAGGGGGAGGGGUCCGGCGAGAUGGUCCGCGUGGAGAUGACAAUCUGCGAGGCCUGCCAGAAGACCAAGCGCAAGAGCAUCAUCGCGGCGGCCGCGGUUUAUGUCAAGGUCCGCUUCGGCCCGGAGGAGGACUCCGAGGAAGAAGUGACCACGGAGGGCGAGGGCGAGCUGGCGCCCGUGACCAGGCGCACAAUCAUUGAUCCGAACGUCAAUGGGAGAGUUUACGAGACGUCUAAUGAGCAGCCUGCCAGUGUUCCCAUCGAUUACACCAAUUUCCCCACCAUUAGCAAUCAGGAGCGGCCGACGGAGAGCGGCGAGGAGGAAGAGGAGGAGGAGGACGACGACGACGACUUUGUGCAUUCGCCUCGCAACAUGACCGACCUGGAGAUCGGCAUGUACGCUCUGCUGGGCGUCUUCUGCCUGGCCAUCUUGGUCUUUCUCAUCAACUGCAUCGUCUUCGUGCUCAAGUACCGACACAAGAGGAUCCCGCCCGAGGGUCAGGCCAACAUGGACCACUCCCACCACUGGGUGUUCCUGGGGAACGGCCAGCCGCUGAGGGCCCAGUGCGAGCUGUCGCCGCAGCAGAUCGAGAGUCCCAGUAACCCCUUGGAGGGCGUACAGACUUGCUGCCACGGCGACCACCACAGCAGUGGCAGUUCCCAGACCAGCGUUCAGAGCCAGGUGCACGGGCGCGGCGACGGCAGCUCCGGCGGCUCCACGAAGGAGAACGGCGAGGAGGCCAGUUCACCCACCUCCAAGCGCAAGAGGGUGAAGUUCACCACCUUCACCACGCUGCCCACAGAGGAGCUGCCCUACAACUCCAUCCCCAUCGCAGACGAAGAGGACAUUCAGUGGGUCUGCCAGGACAUGGGCUUCCAAGACCCCGAGGAACUGCACGACUACAUGCGCAGAAUAAAAGAAAUAGCCUGAGACGAGCGGCGCAGUGUGACGCACUGCUCUGGGCUUUCUAACGAAGACGUUACUUUGUAUUUUUCUCUUUUUCACCUGCGUGAGAGAAAACCUUCUUUCACAGACUAAAAAAGGCCAACUGUCGUUUCGGUUGCGGUGUUUUUCCAUUUAGUUUGCACAGUGCUAUAAUGUCAUACACGCUCACACGGAGGAGACGAACGGACGGGAAGCCAAAAGACUCGCCCGGAAGAUCUCGAUCUUCUCACUCGAGAAAUCUGUAAGUUAUGGCCACCGGAAAAUACGUGUCACUGGGAAGCCGAGCCAUGACCCGACUUGGGAGUUGCUCCAGGGCCUGAUUCUGGAGGAAGCCUGGUGUGGACAGGAAGCGUAGCUUCGGCCGCGUUGUCGCUGGCUCAUUGGGACUCUGUAGUACCGUACCUACGCCAAACUAAGAGGCCUUUGGUGAACAAAGAAACUGUCAAAGACUCUCAUGAAAGUUAUAUUAAAAGAAAUCAUUUUUGUUUUGUUUUUUUUGCCAAAGUAGGAAAACCCAUUCAUUCGAUGGCGAAAACUGUAUUUCAUUGUCGUUCUCGGUGCAGCACACCCAUCAUGAUUUGUACUCACAUUCAUCCCUUGCAUUUUUCUACACUUCGUGGGUAGUCGGGGGGCAAAAAGCCGUGCCCUGCGACUAGCCCUCCUGGUCUCCCGAACGAAUCUCUUAAUGCCUUAUCAAGAAGAUGGUCACAGGUCACGUCAACGGAAAACGUUUUCUCACUUCGUGGCUCGAGGCAGUGAAGUAAAGAGCAACCUGCGCGAAAAAAAAAGAAAUACUACCACUGAUCUCGAGCGCAAAGCUAUGAAAAGAACCGGGCCUGUGUGUCGCGAGGAUCUCGGAACAGUCUUUGCAUGGCAGAGGAUUCUCGAGGCCCAAUCAGCAGACCCCCCCCUCCACCACCCCCCGCCCCCAAAUUUGUAAAUGUUUGUAUCGUAAUCAUAUAAUCAUUCAUACACAUUGCCGAAGUAAAUAUGUAAUCAUGCAUUACACGCAUGCCAUGUCAGGCCCAACAUGCAGACAUUCCUCUCUAGUAAUAUGUAUGUAUAUAUCGUAUCGCGCUGGAGUCGGCUGCGUCCGGCCGCGAACUUCGGACGCGUAGCUCCACGCCCGAGCGCGGAGACAGGUCGGGUGUCCUGACAGAAUUUUGUAGUCUUGUCGUGAGCAGAGGGUUCGCCUCGGUAGCGUCUCAGAACUGUAGCUUUUUAACAGACCGGUAUCGCGUCGUUGAUCGUCGAACGCGUGUAAUUUGCUAUGCGUCAGAACCGCGACAUGUCUAAUCUAACGUAUCCGUCGGAAAACACUGAAAAACAAGACCCACCUAAACUCUGCAGGAAACGCCAGCCGCCCGUCAAGAAGAUUGCUGAAUAAAUUAUUGAUUUUACUUCAUCGUUUAAACCGUGGUCAUCCGCUUGGUGUCCUGCUGUUUUUUUUGUUUUUGUUUCCCGUGUUAUGUUCGUAUAAUCCCCAAUUCGUUUCAUAUGUUCUAUUGAACUCUCAGCCGAAGGGGUCGCUCCGUCCGAACUUCUCGGACAGCGGACGUCGCUGGAGUCAGACAUGUUGAAGCAUCUCGGGAUGCUGAUUUUGCUUCGUUGGAGUGGUUGAAAAUAACAGCGCGGAAACGCUGAGUUGAAACUUUUCAAAGUCUGUGUGAAGCAUUUGACCUUUCCACCUAUGACAUGCCCUGGGCGGCGUCUCCAAGCCGUCUUGGUUUUGGUUUGUUUGGUCCACCGGGGUUCAAAUGAGCUUUUUUCCACCCCGUCCUCAACGAACUGUACUAAUUGGGGAAAUGGACCCGAGUUUUGUUUUCAAGCCAAACGCUUGUAAAUCACAAACGCACCCUCGCAACUCCGUCGAAAAAAACAACGCGCCAAUGUAGCCGAAAUGUCCAGCAGGUCACAAGAUGAAGCAAAAAAAAAAAGUACACCCCGCCGGGACGGCGAGGUGUCCCGCCCCCGCAGGCAAACGUUCGCCAUUACGCUCAAAUGUAAAAAUCACAAGCACGCGACAAGACGGCGUCCGGCGUCGAUAUGACGGAAGGGGCCUGGGGUCGGAGGCGGUCAGUUCGGCCCCAUUCACCCGGGACAACGGAUUAUCCGGGAGGCUGCGGAGGCGACUGUUGGGCCGAUGAUCCUCAGCUCGCGAAACCAAAUCCGCGUGUCAUAGUUUGUACGAAAUGAAGACCAGGAGCAAAACAACCGGCUCCCAGGAAGGACGCGUCAGCGGGGGCGACGGGCGCACGAAGCGCAGGCCGUAGCUGUCGGCGUAGUGAAAUGCAAUCACGCCAGAGAAUCCACCGAUGCUAACGUGCUCUUUUUUAAUUUUUUUUUAUAUAUUUCCUUUACGCCAACCCUUAAAGGUCGACCGACUGCUUUACACAGAAGCAGAAAGAGAAACAUUAGGGUUCGGAAAGUACCGUGGUUACACUGCGCUCCAGUUAACCUCGGAGCUCGGGUCCAUCGUUCCAGUAUGACCUCGGAACUCGGAAAUUUCGACCUCCGAGUCGGACAUUGCAGAUGGAACGCCCCCGCGAGUCGGGAACUCCGGAAAAAACAAUCACCGACCCGACUUCCGGGGGUCCGGAGUUCUGAGGUAAACUGGAACGCCGCAUUAUUCCAGCUCCGAUCUCGCAUCAAACACGGAUGUUUUUCUCAUGACUAAUGAACCGACUAUGGGGCAGAAAGUUGAUCGUUUAUCUCGUGUCACUUUCCUUCAAUUCUCUCCUCUCCCGCUCCGAGGGGCUUGGAGUUUUACUUUGUGCUAACUGACGAGAUAGACGCGACGAUGAGCGGACCUUGUACAUUCCUCUGUCCACCCCGCCGCCUCUUUUCAGCGCCUGCCGCCUCGCCGAAGACCCAAUCCAGAAUUGUCCUCCUCGUGACAGCGCUGUUCAGGUUUUCCCGUUUACUUCAAUUUUGUUUGCUGGACCUCCUAAUUCCGUGUAACAAGCUUAACGCCAUUGGGGUUUUCGACGCGUUCUCGAGACGGAAACUGUGUCUUCGCGGCGACGUUGUAAAUAACGGGGCGAAAACAGGCUUUAACUUUUUCCACUUCUGUGAAAAAAAAUGACCGUGAGAUUUAUUUCCCAUCGGUGAACCAUACCUUUCUGUAUUCCACACACACGCACACACAUUGGAUGUAUUGAUAAAUCCUGGAUUGGGACUUUCAUAAGGUUUGGGUUCACUGCAUGGCCUCUCUGUGUUCCACAGGGUCGAAACGGGAUAAUGAGCUGAUUCCUACUGUACAAUAGCCUCCGACCUGUGUCGACAUCUCAAAAGAGAACGAGACGUUAUCUCUCGACGGUCCGAGCCCCGACCGUCCCCUUCAGCCACGGCAGCGACACGACCCGCCAUGAAAAAGUAGCAGACGGCGGGAAGUGGGUUUUUUUUUUUUAUUUUGAUUGUUUUUUUUCACUGUUGAGUGACGGCGUCUCAGGAUGAAUGUAGGAUCCUUGACUCAAAGCUGGCUGUGUUGUGUUUCCGUGUCAAUCCCGUCGGCCCAAGUAUCUAACGGCAGCUUCAUCGUCCUUUCUUUUUUUCUUUUCACUAAAUGACUCACACGGCAUGUAAAUAGGUUGCACAUGACAUGACACCACUGAAAAAUUCCGCUUUGAGGAUCUUUUUUUAUUCAUUUUUUAAACAUCCUGCUUCGCGUUCGUCUUUGAGUUUUUGUCUUCUCUUUUUUUUUUUUUGUGAUGCUGCUUUUGGUCACGAUGCAUAUAUUGGUCCUAUGUUUUUUUUUCCUAUAUUUCUUUAAGCUGCUAACAGAAAAAAACUUCUUGCAACAUGUAAUGGGAGAUCUUGAAUUAUAUUUUUCUGCCCUCCCCCCCUUUGGAGAACUGUGCACGACGUGCACGACUCAGACGGCUGUGCCAAGUAACCCACCACACUGACUAUACUAUGUUAAUGUACAGAGCACCGUUCAAUUUCCUGUAUUCUCUUGAAAACAAACCCUUGUAUUUUCCUGUUAUAUGUAAAGUACUAAAGAAAAUGCAAAACAC